GGCUGUUUAAAGUGGCGCUUGCGGCGCGCGAAGGGGAUGGCGGACCCGGCGGAGUAUCCCCCGUUCCAGCUGGGGAAGCCCCGCUUCGAGCAGACUUCGUUUUAUGGCAGAUUCAGGCACUUCUUGGACAUCAUAGAUCCACGCACCCUCUUUGUGACUGAGAGUCGUCUGAAGGAAGCUGUGCAGCUGUUGGAGGAUUACAAGCAUGGGACUCUGCCCCCAGGAGUCACCAACAAAGAGCUGUGGGGUGCUCAAAAAAUCAAGCAGGCCAUCAUCCAUCCCGACACGAACGAGACCAUCUUCAUGCCUUUCCGAAUGUCAGGUUACAUCCCCUUUGGAACGCCCAUCGUUGUUGGUCUCCUCUUGCCCAACCAGACGCUGGCAUCCACUGUGUUUUGGCAGUGGUUGAAUCAGAGCCACAACGCCUGCGUCAACUAUGCAAACCGCAACGCGACAAAGGUGGGCCUUAAUGUUCUGAUUCAGAGAGCAAACAAGUUUACCCCUGCCACUCGUCUCUUGAUCCAGAGGUUCGUGCCAUUCCCAGCAGUCGCUAGUGCCAAUAUCUGCAACGUUGUCCUGAUGAGGCACACGGAGCUGGAAGAAGGAAUUGAUGUUUUGGACAAUAAUGGAAACAUUGUCGGGUCUUCCAGAAUUGCUGCAAAACACGCACUGCUAGAAACAGCCCUGACUAGAGUGGUCCUGCCAAUGCCUAUACUGGUUCUACCUCCAAUUAUUAUGUCUGUACUGGAAAAGACAUCCCUCCUGAGGUCCCGUCCCCGGAUGGUUCUCCCAGUCCAAAGCCUUGUGUGCCUCGCUGCCUUUGGCCUGGCCCUCCCCUUGGCCAUCAGUCUCUUCCCGCAGAUGUCUGAGAUCGAGACAUCUCGGCUGGAGCCAGAAAUCGCAAUGGCCACCACCAGUAAGACUGUAGUCUACAACAAAGGAUUGUAAGGGGAAGUGGAUCAUCUCAGCCCGGAAGAUCUGGGGAGGGAGAGGGGGGAAACUUGAGACCCCGACUGGGAAAAAGGAAACAACAACAACAAGAGAAAACAACUAGUAGAGCUCAGCGAUAGUAACGUGCUGCUGCUCCCGGCGCCCGGGGAGUAGAUUAACACUUGCAGAGAACUGACACCUCACACCAGUCAAACAGAUUAAUAUUAAAAGUUUUAAAUUAGCAACAGGAGCAGCAACAACAACUAAAAAAAAAAAACCACAAACAACCGCAACAAUAAUAAUAAUAAUUACAUUCAGACACUUUAGAGAAGUAGCUAAAGAAUAAUCUCAGAACUUCAUAGCACUGCAUGGAGGGACGUUGAACGGCAUGUUUACGUGGUUAUACCCGACUGCUGAAUGGAGCCUUCACCCAGCAGGUCUUGUUUUCCAUGUCAAUUAAAUCUCCACACUGAGACUGCACUAAAAUACUUGUCUAGAGGUCAGCUGGGAAGCUCUUGAUAGGGUGUUUGCUCAGUGUCCUGUUUUGAUGCCACGCUGGUCCUACCCCAGAAGCAGCCUGCCAUGGAUCGACGUGCAGCGCGGCACAGCACAGGUCAUAGCCCUCCAUCCCACCCUCCUUCUUCUGCAGGUGGCCCUGGUGCCAUCCUGCCCUUCAUUGCAAUUGCAAGACUUCAUGUCACCUACUGCCAGGUAUAUCAGCAGAUGCCAGGACUUUUUCCUGAGGUUCAAGAGACUGGAAAGCCAACAUGUCCACACAUUGACUAGGAAGGGAUCUUACAGCAUAAAUGUGAUUGAUCUGCCCCUUCCCUGCACACAGACAAGAAGGGUGGGAUUUGUCCCAGCUAACAUAGACCCUCUAAAAGUAAGGUUAUCAAUCUAAGAUAAUUGGCUAAACCAGGCUUUGCUAAACUGGUUGUCUGAGGACAUACUGUAUUUU